UUAAAGAGGCAAUCUCGAAGGUCUUCAUCCUCUCUGCAGUCAUUUAAUUGAUCGAUCGAGAUUCAGGUGAUCCGCUAGUACUCCUUACUGCAGCCUUGGUUGAGUCUGAUCUGAAGCCGAUCACUGGACAUCAGUUGUAUCAGUACGCCCAUGCCAUUGAGCUCAGACUUCUGUCCUCUCGAUCGUUAGCUCUUCUUCAUUUAUCAUCCACCAACACUCGUGUCCAUGAGUUCCUCCUCCUCACACUGAAGUUCGGCCAGCAAAGUUUUAGCUGCCACGGAUGGAUUCCUCAUGAUUGAUUCUGGAGACUUAGACGUACACGAUCAGCAGCAUUGGCAGCAGUCCAAAGCAUUUCUCGUGCAGCGUACUCUUGUCACGAGAUCGAUGGUUGAAGACGAUGGACAACUACAACUCGAUGUCUAAAGCGAGCACUACUGCCUCUGCUGCAGCUGCAACCCAUGGUCAUUUCAUACAGAUUCGUGAUUUCUCAUCCUCCUCAAAUUCCCCGCUUUCCAGAAUGUCUGAGGUUCCAGAGAUGAGACGAGUCUUUCAAAAGCUGGACGAGAACAACGAUGGCAUGAUUUGCACUCGAGACCUGUUUCAGUUUAUGACACGAUUGGGCUUCCAUCUAUCAGAGGAGGAAGCAGCUGCGAUGCUACAGAGCGUCGACACCAAUCGCGAUGGUAGAGUUGAUUUCGAAGAGUUCCUCUCUUUGCAUAUGUCCAAGUGUGUCGAGGAGGCCACCACUUUCAGUUCAGACAGCCUUCCUGCUGAAUCUACCGUCGACGACGAUGAAGAGGAUGAAGACACGUUGCUCGAAGCCUUCCGCGUGUUCGACAAGAAUGAAGAUGGCAUUAUCACUGCUCACGAGCUGCAGACAGUCCUUUUGGACUUGGGGUUCCCAGAAGGCAGAAGUUUGAAGAGCUGUGAGAAGAUGAUCCAGAACGUGGACAUUGAUGGAAACGGUGCGGUUGACAUCAAGGAGUUCAAGCUUUUGAUGAGGUCCAAGUGCCUCUUUUGAAGAAAUCUUCCCCCCCUCGUUUCCGAGAUCCCAAUGAAUUGGUCGAUCAAGUAGGUCCCUAGCUCAACGUAGCAAGAGACUUGAUUCUUCAUCUUUCCCUAUCAAAGUACUCUUGAAAAGCCUUAGGAUAUUCAGAGAAGAAUGGAUGCUUUCUUAGAUAGCAUAAGUUUCAUCUGUACACUUACGAGUCACCAAGAGAAGCAGAGAAAUUUGUCUCGUGUCUAUAUACACAGUCGAAUGAAAUUUCUUCAAAUCCCAUCAGAUGUAGGGACAACAGAGGCUCUCUGCUCCACUGCACUAGUUUGUGGAGAAACAGACGGCGACAGUCAUUCUAUUUACCCUUCAAUUCUCGAUGAUGGCAGCAGUCAUGAUUUCCAG